CUUUGAUUCCAAUAAAACUUACAGGACCUGAAAACUAUGGAUUAUGGAGUCGCUCCAUGAGAUUAGCUCUUUUGGUAAAGAAUAAACUAGGGUUUGUGGACGGAACUUGUGUAAAAAGCUCUUACAAAGGAAAUCGAGAGGCACAAUGGGAGAGGUGUGAUGCUGUGAUUUUAUCAUGGAUCAGUGCAACAGUAGCUCCUGAGUUGGUGACGAGCAUCAUGUAUGGUUCAAAUUCACGAAAAAUUUGGAAUGAUUUCAAGGAAAGGUUUGAUGAAUCAAACUUGACCAGAAUUUUUCAUUUAUGGAAGGAGAUAGGCUCACUUACACAAGGUACAGAUUCAGUAACUACCUAUUAUUCUAAAUUGAGAGACUUGUGGGCUGAAUUAGAUGUUACGGUACCAUCACCGGGGUGUGAAUGUGAAGAAACAAAGCCUUUUAUCGAACACAUGGUGCAGUUACGUUUACUGCAAUUCCUUGUUGGAUUGAAUGAAAGUUUUGCUCAAGUGAGAAGUGCUAUCUUGCUUAAAACACCUGUACCUAGUGUGAAUCAGGCAUAUGCAGUAGUAAAUCAAGAAGAAAACCAAAGGAAAUUGGGAAUGACAGAUUCUGGGAAGGAGGCUUUAACCUUGUUUGCUGGAAGGAAUCAAGGUUUCCAGAAGAAUCAACACUAUGGUUUACAGAAGAAUCAACGCUAUCAAGGAUAUCAAGGAAGUGAUCAAGACGAGAAGUGUAUCCACUGUGGUUGCAAAGGGCACUUGUCCAUAAACUGCUAUCGUUUAAAAGGUUAUCCUCCAGAUUUUAAGAGUAAAAAGGGUGAAAAGAUUUCGAAUGAACAAGGAAACAAUGCUGGAACAUAUGCUCACAAUCGAAAUGACCAAGGAAAUGGAUCCAAUAGAUUCUAUCGGCAAAAUUCACCAAAAGAUGGACAUGCUGGAGGUCAAAAGUCUUAUGCACAUACUUCAGCGUUUGAAAUGGGAAGCAGCUCAAACCAACAACUUCAAGGAAGGCAUUUCUCAGAGGAACACUAUGGGAAGAUUCUGGACAUGUUGGAUAAGGAGUCAGCAGCAGAAUGUAAGUCCAACAUGGCAGUGAACAUGCUGAAAAAUUUGGUUAUGGUGUUGUUGAUCGUUUUGUUGGACAUGGCAUUGGGACAGUAUUUCACUCCGAACCACUUAUAUUUCAUCACCGUAAUGACAAGUCCGGCUUCAUGGUUGAAGGGCAAACAUUUACUAUUGAACCAAUACUCACAUUGGGAAGCACAGAAUGUGUAACAUGGGAAGAUAACUGGACAACUCUGACUGCUGAUGGUAGCCCUGCUGCUCAGUUUGAACAUACUAUUUUGAUUACAAAAACUGGUGCAGAAAUUUUGACAACAUAUUAAUUCUACUUACACUAUUAAUUACAGUAUGGUUCUAGUUAGUGGUGUUCAUAUCAUAAUUCUUGUGAUUGUUGCUCCAUAAUAGGAAAUAUAGACAUUUAUGUAGAGAUCAAUACAUGAAAUGUUAGGAAAUAUUGUUCUUUAUAACACUGAGGAUCUACUUUGAUUUGUUGCACUUCAGUCGAGGAUCUUUUGUAAACAAUCUACCCGCAAGGUAGGGGUAAAGUUUGUGUACAAUAUUUUAUCCUUAUCGGACCUCACUUGUGAGAGUAUACGGGAUAUGUUGUUGUUGUACAA